AAUCAGAAACUUAUGCAAAUUUAGUGAAGUAUCUGCAGAAAUUAAAAGAACUCGAAAAUAUUACAAGACAAGGAGUUCAAAAAAUAAAGGCUCAGGCAAGAUAUUACUUGGUACGAGAUGGAGUUCUGUAUCGACAAAAUAAACAAAAUCUGAAGAAGCUGCUUAGAGUAUUACGACGUGAACAAGUCAAGCUAAUACUUCAGGCAUUACAUGAGGAUCCCGUUACUAGCUAUCUAGGGAUGAAUCAAACUGGUAGUUUGCAAUCUUUGGAUCUCUUUUCCUAUGAAGUCAUGUUCAAUCUUUGA